UCUAAAUUUCUCCUUUUUCCUUUCUUUGUCACAAGAAGACUAUAGAGUUUUGGCAACUUGAGAGAGAGAGAGAGAGAGAGAGAGAAGAUGAUGGAGAAGUGGGUGGUGGUUGUGGUUCUGUUUACAGUCUGCAUUGUAGGAUUCGAGCUUAGCUUCAUCCAUGGAGCCACUGAUGCAUCAGACACUUCAGCACUGAACACAUUGUUCAGCAGUAUGCAUUCACCAGCACAGCUAACACAAUGGACUGCAUCAGCUGGUGACCCUUGUGGCCAAAAUUGGAGAGGCGUCACUUGCUCUCGAACACGAGUUACUCAAAUAAAGAUAUCAGGUCUUGAGCUCUCUGGAACACUUGGAUACAAGCUUGAUAGCCUGACUAAUCUUACAGAGCUUGAUGUAAGCAGCAAUAACCUUGGAGGUGAUUUACCAUAUCAGUUUCCUCCAAAUCUAGAACGAUUGAAUCUUGCAUUCAACCAAUUCACUGGAGCUGCUCAAUACUCAAUUUCUCAGAUAGUGCCACUUAAGUAUCUUAAUCUUGGUCACAAUCAGUUUAAAGGGCAAAUAGCUAUUGAUUUCUCCAAGCUCACCUCUAUUACCACCUUGGACUUCUCUUUCAAUUCUUUCACUGAGUCGCUACCGGGAACUUUCACCUCUCUUACAAGUUUGAAAUCACUAUACCUUGAGAACAAUCAGUUCUCAGGAACUGUUGAUGUCUUAGCCGGUCUUCCUCUUGAUACUCUGAACAUUGCAAACAAUGAUUUCACUGGCUGGAUCCCAAGUUCUUUAAAGGGCAUUGAUUUGAUAAAAGAUGGUAACUCAUUCAGUACUGGACCUGCACCUCCACCACCACCUGGUACACCACCUCCACCACCACCACAUGGUACACCUCCAACUCAUGGCACACCGAGCCAUAAAUCCACAAACCGAUCCAGUACUGAUUCCACAAGCAAUGGAGAUUCCAAGAAAUCAGGGAUAGGAGUUGGUGUUAUAGCAGGCAUAGUCAUUUCAGUACUAGUCGUUACAGCUCUUGUGGCUUUCUUCUUGGUCAAAAGAAGAAGAAGAUCAAAGAGAUCAUCAUCAUCAUCAUCCAUGGAUAUUGAGAAAGCCAAUAACCAGCCUCAUAUGGUUGCAGAAAACAAUCCUAUUCUUCAGAGUUCUUCAUCAGUUGAGGCAAAGAAACUUGAUACUUCCUUGUCUAUUAACCUCCGGCCUCCACCGGCUGAACGGCACAAAUCAUUUGAUGAUGAAGAUGCUACAAGAAAGCCUAUCGUUGUCAAGAAAUCCACAGUGGUGGUUCCUUCUAACGUGAGAGCUUACUCAGUUGCAGAUCUUCAGAUUGCUACUGGCAGUUUCAGUGUAGAUAAUCUUCUUGAAGAAGGGACUUUUGGACGAGUGUACAGAGCUGAGUUUGAAGAUGGAAAGGUUCUUGCUGUAAAGAAGAUUGAUUCCUCUGCUCUUCCACAUGACACGACCGAUGAUUUCACUGAAAUAGUAUCGAAAAUCGCCAUUUUGGAUCAUCCAAACGUGACAAAGCUCGUUGGAUACUGCUCUGAACAUGGACAGCAUCUCCUGGUCUAUGAGUUCCACAGCAAAGGAUCUUUACAUGACUUCUUACACUCACCAGAAGAAGAAAGCAAAGCACUGGUGUGGAACUCACGAGUCAAGAUCGCUCUUGGGACUGCACGCGGAUUAGAGUACCUGCAUGAAGUUUGUUCACCAUCUAUAGUUGACAAGAACAUCAAAUCAUCCAAUAUUUUACUUGAUUCAGAGAUGAAUCCUCACUUAUCAGAUUCAGGUCUUGCAAGCUUCCUCCCCACGGCAAACGUGCGGUUACUAAACCAAACCGAUGAAGGGUAUAGCGCGCCUGAAGUAUCAAUGUCAGGACAAUACUCUAUGAAGAGUGACGUGUACAGUUUUGGAGUAGUGAUGCUUGAACUUUUAACCGGGAGAAAACCAUUCGACAGCACAAGGUCAAGAUCUGAGCAGUCAUUGGUUAGAUGGGCGACACCACAGCUUCAUGAUAUUGAUGCUUUAGGCAAAAUGGUUGAUCCAGCUCUUGAAGGGCUUUAUCCGGUUAAAUCUCUUUCAAGAUUUGCAGAUGUUAUCGCUCUCUGCGUCCAGGCGGAGCCGGAGUUUAGACCACCAAUGUCUGAAGUUGUGCAGUCACUGGUUGUGUUAGUGCAGAGAGCUAACAUGAGCAAGAGAACUUCCAAACGGUCCGGGAGUGCCGACGCAACUAAUGAUUACAUGUAAAACUCAUGGUAACAGUUUGGUCUGUUGUAUGAAGUCACAAAGACAGCAACAAACAGAGCUUCUUUGUUUCCUUUUACAUUUGAUUUCUAUUGGGUUUGGUUCAUUUUUUGUGAA